AUGAGUGACAAAUCUCAUCAGAUAUAUUGCUACUUUUGGCUCUUUGGUUUGAUCAAUAAUGUACUUUAUGUGGUAAUACUUUCAGCAGCUGUUGAUAUCGUGGGUCCUACCUUGCCUAAAUCUCUAGUAUUGCUAGCAGAUAUAUUCCCAUCACUCGCCAUUAAAUUGUGUUCCCCAUUCUUUAUUGAUAGAAUCAAGUACAGCUAUAGAAUAUGGUCUUUGAUCACGAUGAGUUGCUUAGGAAUGUUCUUAGUUUCUUUUAAAAACUUGUUUGUUUGUCUUUUAGGAAUAUCUUUCGCAUCUAUAUCUUCCGGAUUUGGAGAAGUGACAUUCCUACAGCUAACACACUAUUACAAACAAAUUUCUUUGAAUGGAUGGUCGUCAGGUACUGGUGGUGCAGGAAUCAUUGGCGGAGCAUCUUAUAUGUUCUUAACUUCAAUCUUUAAAGUUCCAGUGAAGCUAACUUUACUAGUAUUUAGUCUCCUUCCAUUUGCAUUUUUGUUUUAUUUUAAAUUAGAAUCCAAUGAUACCAACCUGACUUACCAAAGUCUUCAACAAAUUGACGAAGCAGAGGAUGACCAGUUGGUGCCCUUUCCUGUCGCCUUUACACAUACCAACGCUUCGCAAUCCCUGUAUUCUACAAGACAGCACAUUUUGCAAACGGUCAAGAGACUUCGAAGAUUGGUUUUUCCAUACAUGGUUCCAUUGACCACCGUCUACUUAUUCGAAUAUUUAAUAAACCAAGCGGUAGCUCCGACCCUAUUAUUUCCGAUUAAUGGUGAUGAAAGAAGUAAAUCGAUGCCAUUUUUCUUCCAUAAAUACAGAGAUAUAUACGUAACCUAUGGAACGCUCUACCAAUUAGGUGUCUUUAUAUCAAGAUCCUUUGGACAUCUUAUGAGAAUGAGGAGUUUAUACAUCUUAGCGUUUUUACAAGGUGUGAAUUUGUGCAUAACGGUACUGCAAUCAUGGUUUUAUGUCACACAUUCGCCCUGGGCGGUGAUGAUAUUAAUAUUCUAUGAGGGUUUUCUUGGUGGUGCGUCAUAUGUUAACACAUUCUUAAAUAUUCUCGAACAAGAGGAUCCUGAUGAAACAGAGUUCGCCAUGGGUGCUGUGUCCAUCGCUGAUUCCUUUGGCGUUUUUUUGGCUGCGUUACUUGGUUUGGGGCUAGAACCCAAACUUUGUAGGCAUCAAAUUGCCGAUGACAGACCUUGGUGUAGGAUGGAAUAA